AUGUCAAAUUCUACUAACUUACGACCAUAUUAUGACCAUGAUACAUUCAAUGCCGGCUAUUCUGUUAUUUUUAAGCCAGGCAUUGGUUUGAUUGAUACCGCCACAGAUAAACCCAUUACAUCAACCUUAGCAAUGCCCGUUAUAGAACAAGUGAAAAACAAAGGAUUGAGCCCCGGAAAGGGACUUGGUAUCACUGGUGCCGAAUAUUCUUAUUCAAAAGGCAGUGAGAAGAAUUAUGUGUACGAUUUAGAGUUCCAGGAAUACUUUGAUUUCAAUAAUCUUGUUGAGCUUCUCAAAAAUUUAAUGUGGAAUUUCUGUAAAAAUUAUUUGAAGACCUUGAUAUCGCAGCCAUUGGAGAUUGUAAGGUUGGUAUUACAAGUAGGUAAGCUUGAUAUAGAAAAGCCAACAGAGAAGAAAAGUUCGAGUCAUUCCAGAUUACUUCAAUCGUCAAUGACUGACUCAUACGCUAGCGACUACACCGAUUCAGACUCAGAACCUGAUUAUUUCCAAAGCACUGGUGAUUCUGCCUCUUCACAGCUAUCAAACAAGAUCUCAAUCCGAAGAUCUUUAAAAUUAAAAGAGUUGAACAAAAUUCGUCCGACAUCUAAGCAUACGAUGGAUAUAAUAUCAGCUAUAGUAACAGAAGAUGGCCCUUUCGCAUUGUUCAGAGGAAUUAAUGCCUCGUUCAUUUAUCAUACUUUAUCGCAUACGAUUGAAGCAUGGAUAACCGGGUUUCUAUCGCCCUUUUUGGGAAUCCCUGACCCAUUUUUUUUGGAUCUCACCCAUUCUACAGAUCCCUUAAGAAGUCUUUGGCUAAGUGUUUGUGCAUGUGUCUUGACAGGCUUAAUUUUGAUACCUUUGGAUCUAAUUAAAGUUAGAUUAAUGAUAACUCAAUUCAAUAGACCAGCCUUAGAAGAGGAGCCAUCUUCAAAAGAAGGCUCACAAGAUCUAAGAUCUACGAUAGUCAAUAAUAGAUCUAUUAGGGAAUCAAUACGUCACUAUCCUAUAUCUGCCUUAUUUCACCCCCCUAAAACAGUUGCUAUCUUAACUGCGCUUCAUCAGUUUUCAACAAGCAUUUUUAGAAAAAUGGCACCUUACAUUCUUUUCAUCAAAUUCAACAUUGAUGCGAAUAGCUCCCCAAGCCUUUACACUGUUGUAAACUUAGCUCUGUUAAUAAUGGAGUUCUUCAUUAAAUUACCUGUUGAGAAUCUAUUGAGAAAAGAGGAAGUGAGGUUCUUGUUGAGCCCCAAAUCUAUUCUUGAAGAUGAACAAAGGGUCAUCACUAUUGAUAAUCCUGAUACCAAUAUGAUAGUGGAAUUCAACGAUGCUUUUUAUAAAUCAUCGAAUGAACAAAAACUGACACUCAAAGAAAGAAUACAAAGUUUAGAAUUGUUUAAUGGUUGGAGAGUUGGUGUUUUGAAUGUAAUUGGGUUUUGGGGCUAUAACAUCUUGAAGAGGAAUGAUUCUGAAUUGAACCAAGAGAGAUUAUAA